AUGAGCGUUCCAUCUGCUCCAGUCAUCGUCAUAGGCGGCGGCAUUGUUGGUGCCUCAAUCGCCUGGCAUUUGGCUAAGGAAACGGAUGUCAUUAUCAUCACAGAAGCAGCUGGCGGCGUGGCGACCCCCAAGUCAUUUUGCUGGCUCAACGCGACUAGUACAACCGAGAAAUAUUAUUAUGAUUUCCGACGCCGCUCCAUGGCACGUUGGGCUGAAAUCGGCAAAGAGCUGCCCGACCUCCCGAUCUACUGGGGCGGCAGCUUGACCUGCGACACAACUCCCGACGAGCGUGCAAAAUUCCAGGAACUUCAACAUGCCUGGGGUACAGACAUCAAGCGCCUGGGCCAAACCAGCCUUGCUACGCUCGAGCCUGAAAUCGACGACGCCGUAUUUUCUUCGGUGGAAUGGGGCCUUCAUGUUCCCGACGAGGGUACUCUGGAAGCACACGUCGCUGCAGCCCAACUAAUCGCCAACGCCAAAUCCAUGGGAGCUAGAGUGCUCACCACGAGUGUCACCGGAUUCUUGAAGCAUAGAAAUGGUCGAAUUUCAGGUGUGGUCACGGACUGUGGGGAGGUUCGGGGUAGCCACGUCGUUCUAGCCGCAGGUCUUGGAAGUGUUCCACUGUUGGCAACAGAGAACAUCAAGCUCCCACUGAAGAGCAGCGAGGGUCUCCUUGUCAAUACUGCACCGACUAAGCAGCGAUACCUAAACACUUUGGUCCACUUGCAAGACCUUCACAUGCGCCAGACGCUCGAUGGGCACAUUUGUUUCGGUGCUAGCUUUGCUGGUGGAAAACUCGGCGAUGACCCGAAAGCGACAGCAGAGGAGCUUUUCAAACAAUUGCAAAAGAGAUUUAAGAAGGGAAGUGAGCUCGAAUUUGGCAACUACACUGUAGGUGUACGACCUGAUCCGGAGGAUGGGUAUCCCAUCCUCGGUUCAACUGGCUUGGAUGGGCUUGACGUGGCUGUGAUGCACUCUGGGGUAACAAACGCUGCGCUUGUUGGCCAGCUCCUUUCCAAGAAGAUUCUACAUGGCGUCGAAGAUCCGAUGCUCGAUCGAUUUCGGCUUGAUCGGUUUAAAAAGAGUUAUGCAAGGCUCUAG